CGUCAACAUAAUGAUACAAGAACAUACAAAAUUUUGAGAAAGCGUAAGAAAUAAUACUUCACGACACGAACGAAGCCAUGGUUUCCACCACAUCAACUUUUUCAUCCACACCGCCUCCUGACGCCAUGUCACACCGUUUCAUCCAGGACAGCGUCUUUCAGGUGUCAGUUCGCGUGCACCUGGUGGAUUUCGAGUGUCGGAUGAACAAGACCAUAAUGCCUGACGACUAUGCGGUCAAUGCGAUAUCAGAUUUGGACACAGAGCAUGCGGCAGUGCCUUUUAAAGGUAUGAGGAGGUGGUUUGGAUCAAAUGCGAAAGAAGAAGAACACCAACCAGGUCUAGGAGGUGAAACAAGAUCAAGAACAACAGCGUCACCAUCGAAAGACAACAGUGCCCCUGGUCAAGAAGAUGAGGAAGCAAAGGAGGAUGUCGUACUAGCCUCUGCGCCAGAGCCUCCACCCCCUGGCGCGGCAAAGAAUUUUAUGACAACUAGGAACAUGUAUGGCACCACAAGAUGAAAGUGAAACAUGAAAAAGGCCACGUGCUGAAAUUAAAUGAUAUCUCCUAAGUUAGUGCUUGCAGCUGCAACAUCUUGUUCUAACAUCCCAACCCUCAGUCGCCUCUAUGCCUCCGCUUGUUCUUCGGUAACGUUCGCUCCACCACAGUGUGUUUUCCGGCUCGGCGUCGCAGAUUUGAGCUCCGACAUAGUGGUGGAGAUUCUUGGUCCGUCCGUCACUGGUUUUCGGUCUGAGCCGUUGUUCCUAGUCUGCAUACCAUUGCUAGAUUUUUUUGCAGAGGAAAUACACAACAGCACACGAGACAUCUUCGCUUUGUUUUCCUUGUUGUCCGGAAAGCAGGUAGGGAAGAGGGCGAUCGGACCUUCAUGGUAUAAUUUGCACUGAUAUGAAUUUAGAUCUUCUUCUGGUUGUGUACAUCUUCAUCUUCAACUGGUAUAAUUUGCACAGGUGUCAUAGUUAUUUCUCAACUAAUUCUAGAUCAUCGUUUGAAGAUUGACCAAUUCAUACCGUUUACGUUGCCUGUGAACUAGAACCGCAACUGCUGGAAGACACUGUGGUCACUGCUCACAAACACCUUCGUUUUGCGCAGGUACCGAUGCCGACCUCGAGGCCAUUUCGAGCAUGUUGGUGGCUACACUCGGCCGACGCAGUUGCAGUUGCGGAAUCCGGUUGUGGCGUUGAAAGAUGUCCACAUCAAGUUGUCCUUGCACCUGCAACCUCAUCCGGCACUGCUUCAACCGUCUUCAGUGCCGCGAGGACUUGGCAUCGGAACUGGUGCAGUCGUUCUGCAAGGUGAACACGGAGAACAAGAUCGAUCGCUACUACCACAUUCACAGCAAGAAGACAAGAACACUAGUACACGAGUAUCGCAAGUGCAAGAACAGCAACUGCUACGCCACUAUCUCGGUUUCGACGAUUUACUGCCUCCGAGUGUGUUGACAACGAGGACCAAUAAGAUCAAGAGGCUGCAUCGUGGAGGCGAAUCUGUGUGGACGAAAUCGAAGUUGGUAGCUGAUCACACCGUAGGCCGUUUUGCCGACCAAGAUCUCACCAGUUUACCCGUCAUCAUGGGCCAAAUGCGCGCUCGGAUGAUGAACUACCGUUGGCAAUGGACCUGGCCAUUCUUGGUGUUUUUGGAGGAGUUGUUCUUUCUCGCGGGAAGUUCUGCGUACGAGGUAGAGUGUCACUUGCGUGAUUUUUACAACGGCAUUUGCGAAGAGAUCGGUGACGAUGCGACUUGGGUAGACUAUUUUCGAGUCCCGAGAGAAGCGGUGGCGGGGGAAAUAGGGGAUCUAAAGGCUUUGAAAGUCAAUGUCGAUAGUCAAGCUGGAAUGAGUGCGCGGAUAAUUCGAGGAAUUUUUGCGAUUCUGUCGAUUUUAUUCGACUUACACAGAGCACUGUGGUCAGCGCUGUUUGCGACGAUCGUGGGCGAACCGUUGAUAAGAACGGGAGGAGCAGCAGCGUAUAGAAAGAGGAAGAGUAGCGGGUCUGUUAAGGCUACAAAUGUACAGGUAGUAGACAACUACUGAAAACUGUCAACAUUAAAGAUCCGUGUGAGUUGCUUAUUCUUUUUCCUCAUUAUCAGUUUUUAUUCACUUUCAAUCGGAUUCGGUUUUUCACCUAAUCUCAGCGAAUCAAACUCAGCCAGAGAAGAGUCCGGGUCCAGGAAAAACGGCUUUCAGGCGAUGUCCUCUGGCGUGUCCUCAAGCUCGGACCACACAAGCGGUGCAGUGUAUGUCAUCGAUAGAAGUCCUAAGAAACGAUCUUCAUUCAACACAACUAGAAUCUCGAAUGCUUCAACUGGAGGUGGUGCAGAACAGGUACUAGAACCAGUAGGUCAGCCAAGUACCAGAACCAGUACUCGUGACAGUCCAGGCCCAGGACCUCCUAGGAGUCUUCGAACUAGUCGAAAUACCAGAUUAGUACUCACCAGCGAAGAUGAUGAAUACGUUGAAGAAGAAAUACAACCUGGUGACGAGAAAGAUGAACAGCAUGGUGGACAUUAUGAUCAACAAGAUCACGACAAGGACAAUGUGCAUAUCAGGUCCGACCAUCCUAACGACUCAUCUGAGCAAGACAGUGGGUCAGGUUCUAGCUUUUCAUCUUCUAGCGGUCGUCUUAGAAAGCGAGGAAGUGGUCGAAGGCGAGGCUCACGAGAGAAUGAUCACGACAGCGGACGAGCGCCAUUUGAUGGUCGAAUCUAUCCAAAUCUAGCAGAGCUGCAUGGCGUGGAAGAUUUGAUCACGAAAAAGAAGACACCUAUCGCGGCUAGAGUCUUCGCGAGUAGUCCUAAUCCACCAGCCAGCCCAGGAGAUCCUGCUUCUCCCGCUCUGACAACGUCACCGACCGGCUCAACGGAGGGUAGCACUAAGCCGAGAUUAUCAAGGAGGAACUCAUCGAUGUCGAAGGAGUCCUUAGACUCAACAAAGGUAUCUUCUCCCGCGUCCAAGGACUCGGGUUACAUCAAAGUGGGUCGCUUUCGCUGGAGAAAAGGAGGAUUGAGCCACUUUCUGUACACCUUCAUCUUUAUAGUGAUCCGUGAACAUGUAGAGUUAGCGCCGGACUACGCUGUCCGCCGAACACUUGCUGUUCUGUAUCGGAACAGUGGGUAUAUCUUCGUGUAUCUGUUUGCGCCGUGGUAUUUAUUUCCAGCAAUCGUGACGAUUCGAAUGGUGGUGAUUUUGGCUAGGAACAAAGAUCGAAGUGGAGCGUCAUGGAGACACACUCUUGAUAAAACCUCGCCUGGUGGAAGAGAGUCUGAGUUGUUAUGGUUUCUAGCUUGUAGACAGAGAUCAAAUUAUCCAUUUUGAGAUGAAACAGCUUGCAAAUACGAGAGGGAGAGCCAGUAGAUCAUUUUAAAAAGUAAGACAGGCACACCAGCAUAGUCAUAGGCGUAGGGAGGCUCAGGAACGAUCCGCUUUUCUUCAGGGUCAAGAUGGAUUCGACUUUUAACAAGGGUGCCUCUAAUAGAAUCGACCGAGCCUUUCCACAAGUUGAACAUGAAUAAUCGUUGGGACGUGCACAAAAGUUACGCUGGUGGCACGAGCGCUUCCGCCCGAGAGCGACAGAACGAAGCCAAGGACCAAGAACAGCCUGAAAGACCAACUUUCAUGUCUUUCAUUACUGGUGCUGCUAGUUUACUUUAUGCAAAAGGGUCGUGAGGAUGAUACUUACAACAACUAAAUGAGUUCUUUAUUUCAUGCAAAAGGGUCGUGAGGGUGAUACUUACAACAACCUAAAUGAGUUCUUUAUUUCAUGUUGAUUUACCAUUCUGCUCAUUUCGUUUUCGUGCUACUGCUAGUUUUCAUUGACGUCCAUAUUUAAAGGCGAUAAAAGCACGACGAGAAAUGAACGGAGCUAAAUCUGAGGACGCAUGAAAAAAGCUCCGUGCUCUCUCUUCUAAUUUCCCGCUGACACUGCCCUAGGAGCCGAAGGAGGCAACAAUGAAGAUGAAGAGGACCUUCUAGACGAUGACGAGGAAGAAGAGAAGUCUGCAGUUGGAUUGGACUACGAGUACUCAAAUAGCGCUUCCGGUAGUAUUGAAAAUUCGAGGAGCAGCUAUACUAGUGUUAUGGUUCUUAGUGCUAGUUUGCCCCUGUGGUUGUGGUCGCGCAACGUAAUUGAUAGAUAUUGACGUCUACAUGGCAGGUUGUAGAGGUUGAUCAGACGAUUGGGGCGUCCACAUCUACCUCUUACUCCCCUAACCCCGACCAAGGAGACAAUUGCCGAGGCCGCAUGCUCCAGCGAAGCUCGACUCCUUUACGGGAACUCCAAGCUCUAGGCUCUCUCAGUGGUCCUGCGGGAUCCCUCGUUUCUUCUGCUCUCCUAGCGGCUCCUGCGGCUGCACUGCCCUUCAUGGACACAACGCGAGGCACCAAGAGGAUGAUGACUUCGGAGCUGAUAAGGAUGGGCAGUCAGUUUUUUCAUUAUGGCUAGUGGUAGUGCUGUUGGUAGGUUUAAUCACGAUGUGGAUGUGCUCCUUAGACUUAUAGCUCUUGCUCUGGUACCGGUUUGGAACCAUCCGCGAUGUUCGCUACCGGCAAGGUAAACAGACUCACCCAAGCCCCUUCUCACCUUACCUUCCUUUCCAAACGAUAUAAGAAAACUCAAUUUCUAAUCCCACGCCAAUGAAGUUGGAGGUAAAAUCCUGGAUUUGCAUAUGGACAAAAUCCUAAGUAUCCUCCACUGGCACGACCCGGUCGCCAGCCUAAUCUUCUGCAUGUUCUUCGUCGUGGGCGCAUGUGGAGUUUCACUACUGCUCGCGCUCUAUACCUUCGAUGCGAAUUACAUUGGGGUUACAGACUUCGUCACUUGUACCUGGAUACACCCCAGGAUGUGGAUCGUACAAGCACAUUUCACGUUUUUACUGGUGGUUCCUUUUAUCCUUUGGCGAUUUGGCAGCUUCAUAGUGGAACUAGAUAUCUGGCUGAAAAUGAAGACUGUAGCAAAACUGAUAAGCCUUAAGACUUCCACGAAUUCAUCUUCAGAAGCACCUUUGGCGCAGUUUCAAGGGGGAAAACGGUCAAAAAUGCACUGUAAGAUGAAUAGUGGGCGGAAGAUCUAAAAGCCGUUUGUCGAAAAAAGCGGAUCUAGUGACCGAGGAAGGAGAAGAAGGAUCAUCGGCAGCCGGCAGUGGUGGUGGAGAAGAGGCUGGUGGAGGUGGGAUGCAGCAUGCGAGAGAAGUUUAUGCUGGAUACUAGGUUGACUCAGUUUAAUAACUAGAAGUAGUGAAGUCGAAGUGUUAUCUGGUGAAGACUGAUACAAAAGUAGCACGACCUCAAAGUAGUAACACGCUCAACUUCAGCACCAGCACACGACCUAUUAUGAAUGUGUCCCUAUAAAAUUUAUGAAUGUGUCCCUAUCUGAAUCUCUAACCUCUCUCCUGGAAGAACCUAGCCGCGCUCUAUCGUCGAGUACCAACGUGGGCUGCAGCCGGUCGCAAAUAUCACGCAAGGACAUAUCACAUAGACCAGGGAGACCUGUUCGAAGAGCGUCUGAGCAAAAGGUAUCGUGCUCUCCUUGGAGGAGGGGAGAUGAUGUAGAAAAAGUGAUAUGUUACGCAGGAGAUGCACGACGACGACGACGGUGACAAUAUUUAAGGCUCAGCUUUCAAUGGUCAUUGGGGUUGGUCACUGGGAUCGCAGAGAGGCUCUCCUUAGAAAACAGGGGAAAACACAGGGAGAACAAGUAGAGGGGUAAAGGGCCCUUUUCUUUCAGCAUCAGUGACCAUUGAAUGCUGAGCUUUAAAAUAUGGCAAAAUGUCAAUGAUAUACGCGGAUGCACGACGGACCGUCGGUGAGUAGAACAUGGUAAAAUAUCAACGCAACGAGAAUGUCCAUCCUGAUACUGAUAGAUACACGACAUACCUGAGCAUGCUAGAAGUUGAGGACAUAUUGCUUUUCACACAGUAUGAGUAUCCUUAUCGAAGAUCAUUGGCUGGGAGGUAGAUAUUAUGAUUUGGAUUUACACUUUGGAACAGAUAUUGCACAGAUGUUCUUGAAUCUACCAUUUUCAUUUUGAAAUUUGAACUCAAAACGCAGAUCACAAGAUAUGACUAGAAGAAACAUCUCGUGAUUCUAGCACUUGUAACAUAAACAUAUCAACAACUUCUUAUCUAUGAUGAACUACAUCUGCUGGCGCUAGCGCUUACCAUUACGACCUACCUGUACCUGUACCUCCUUGAUUAUCAUGCUCAGCUAGCAAUCUCGACUUGUCCAUUUUCCUUAUUUUAUCAACUUGACCUAGUCUAGUGCUCGCCAGUCUGACAUCUUCUAAAACAUUUUCCUUUUUUCGUCCGAACGUGCACGCAGCUCCAUGUUGAUGUCAUACAAAAACUGCCUCUGAUGCACGUUCUUGUACUGCUGUUCUUGACAUUGAGGUAGGAGAGAGAUUGAAAAAUUAUCAGGAGCAGACGUGACAAUCUGCUACCUGCAAGCAAACGAGGAGCCAUCUUCCCAGUCUCCCUGAUGGGCACGACAACAAUCGAAAC